AUGGAAAACCAAACUGAAAAGGCUUCGACGUCAACUUCCUCAGUUGAGGAACGAGAUUUAAUCGUGUCAAUGCGUAAACUUGAUCUGGUCAAGGAAUUAGGAGAAAAACAAGCUCAAUUACAACGUAUUCAAUCUCAUUUAAACCAAAAUACGGAAUUAGUUACGCGUGAAAACCAAGUUCUACGCGAAUUUCGUAAAGAACUCGAUAUGCUUGUACAAGAACGUAUGUCACACAUUGAAGAAUUACGAUUAAUCCACGCUGAUAUUAACAUCAUGGAAACAACUAUAAAGCAAGCUGAAGAAGAACGAAUAAAAGCUCUACAAGAAAGUAAACGUAUUCUGAAAGAUUAUCAACCUAUGAAAGAUCAAAUUAAUAAGUUGCGAGAAAUGCUCAACUUAGAAAAAAUUCAAGAUAAUGAAGAUGAUGAAGCCGCAUUCAUGACAAUACAAUUAAUCUCACAACAAUCAAUUGAUUCUGACGCAACUGCAGCAAAUCGAAGUACUCAUUUAUCUUCCACAGCAUCGGAUAAUAUCCAUGAACAACACCAUUCAUUAGUCGCACCAUUUCUUCAUCAAUCACAACAGAUGACUAGUUCGAUAAAUACCGGUCCGGUAUCGACUGGAACGUCAACAUCUAGUACGAGUCAAUCGCAAGCAACAGGUAUUAAUGUAUCAAAAGUACUUGGUACAAUGGCAUCAACAGUUGAUCGAUCAGCAUUUCGACAACAGCCACCGCCGAUGAAGACUUGUCAAUCUUGUCAACAACAAAUUCAUCGCAAUGCACCGAUAUGCCCCAUUUGUAAAGCCAAGAGUCGUUCACGCAAUCCGAAAAAACCUAAACGUCGUCAUACAGAUAUUCAUUCGUAA